GUUCAACCCUUGAACUAUGGAUCUAAAUAGUAACAGACAAGUUUAUGCUAAAAGUUUACAAAAGAAUGGAAUUAAAUAAUGCAUCUACCUCAACAAUACUAAAAAUGCAUCAAACAGACAUGGAAUGAAUAAGAAUGAAGGAGUCUCUCCAACAACCCCCAGGAGGUGGUGGUGGCGCUUCUCCACCGGCCUACAGUACUGAUUGGGAGACAUCGCUCCGAACUAAGGUCUUCACGAACUAUUCCACCCAACAGCGACCUUCUCAGAAGGUCAUUGUCCACGUGUCCUUCACUUUGCUGACUAUCAACGAUUUGAAUAUUAAAGAACAGUUGAUGUCUACAACAGGCUACCUGACUUUGAGGUGGAAGGAUGAACGGUUGAAGUGGAACUCUGCAUUAGAUGGCAACGAUUACAGUAACGUCAAGUUCCUCUUUAGCACUGAAUCAUAUGUGUGGCGACCAGCUUUAAUUGUGGAGAAUUCGAUUUCAGAUGUGAAGAUCAUCAGCGAUACGAACACACCCAUGAGAAUCCUGAGUACGGGAAACAUUGAGUGGAGUCCUAUGGGACUGUAUGUAGUCAGCUGUGAAUCAGAUAUCACUUAUUACCCAGUGGACUCCCAAACCUGCUACGUCAAAAUCAGUUCCUGGGGGUAUACGUCUUCAGAAAUUGACCUACAAAGUAAAUACUCCACAAUCUCACUAGGAUUUUACAGUCCUAAUGGUGAGUGGGAUUUAAUAUCGACUACGUCAGAAGCAUCGGCGGCCAAAACCCGCGGCGACUUCAGCUUCUCCAGUCUCACCUUCACCGUCCAUGUACAGAGACGGCUGCUGUUUCACACACUGAACACGAUGUUUCCUGUAGCCCUGAUGGCUUUCCUCAUACCCAUGGUCUUCAGACUUCACCCUGAUGCUGGAGAAAAGAUUGGGUUUGCUUUGACCGUCCUUCUGGCAUACGCCGUGUACUUAACUAUGAUUUCGGACAGCAUUCCCAGUACUUCCUUCAAGCCAUGCUAUUUAUCCAUUUAUUUGGUUUUCAUUUUGGCCUUGUCCUCGAUUUCCGUUCUCUGUACCAUCCUUGUGCUCAAUUUCAACUUUGGAACCGAUGCAGAUCCUAUAUCCAGCGCCACCCGCUUCAUUUUGGUAUCUAUUGUUGCACGGUUGAUUUGCUGGAACCGUAAAAGUUGUCGACCAAAGAGGAAGAUAGGAAAUUCCAAUGUUGAACUCGUUGAAGACCUUCAGUCGUCCGAAUCCACGCAGGAGAAGGGCGAUUCGGGUGAAGAAAGUGACGACAUUACGUGGCAGGAUUUAUCCAACAUCCUGGACAGAGGGUUCUUCAUGUUAUUCUCUGUUAUUAUUUUGUUAACAACAGCAAUGUUUAUUGCUGUUGUAUUUUCUGAGCGCGCUUCUUCCUGAAAAAAAAAUAUAAUAAAAAUUCAACCCAGAGUAGAAAAUCAAAAAAUAAAAAUUAAUAACUUUGACAAGAUCAUAUUGUAACCCACAUUUUCUCUGUGUAUUUGUCCAUCCGUCCGUUUGUCCCAUUUUCUUGUCCUUUGAACUUUUCUCUCAUUUUCAAAGGUACAUUUUGUACCAAACAAUUACUGUCUUAAGUGAUAAGGCAUAUCUUUGAAAUUAGCAAUAAGGAUUUAGGUGCAGGAGUUUUGGAUGAAAGGUGAAGAUAACGAACAGUGAUCAAUCUCACAAUUCCUAAAAGCAACACAAAUUAGAGAUUUGGGCAAACACGGACCCCUGGAUAUACCAGAGGUGCGAUCAGGUGCCUAGGAGGAGUACGUAUCCCCUGUCGACCGGUCACACCCGCCGUGAGCCCUAUAUCUUGACCAGGUAAUAAGAGUUUUAGAAAAUAUCGGGUUUUAAUACUUGUCAUAGAAACUCUUUGUAAAAUGUUUGAAUUUUGGAUUUUAAAUGUUUUGACAAAUUCAAAACGGAUGUGUUUUUUUAACUUGUUGGUGUCCAAUGAGGUGUCGAAUGCAGGAAUUUACUUUGAACAAAGUUUUUGAAGGCAAGUUCAAUGAAGGAAAUGUAUAUUAUAGAAUAAUAUACUCUCAGGAAUUAUACGUAUUGGGAUGAGAAACAUCAGUCGUGCUUUAGAUGUUGCAAUUGAACUUUAUUUCCAGAUGAGUGAUAUUUAGGUUAGGGAGUUCAAAUUCAUUGUACUAGUGCAUAUUCAUACCCCACACAACAAGUUAUGAAGGACAUCAUGUUUUUACCCGUUCGUUUUGUUCUUCUCAGCGCAAUUCCUCUGAAACCGCUAAACAGAAUUUCAUGAAACUUUGUAGUUAAUUAUGAUGAAAACAUUGUUUAGAUGUGCAGGGUUGCAGGAAUUUCUAUUUCUUUUUUUUUUUCGGGAGUUUUGCCCCUUUUGAACUUAGACUAUAUCUGUUUGUUUUACGUCCCAUUAAGAAUUUUUCACUCAUAGUGAGUCACCAUGAAUUGUAGGUGAAGUACCGCUGUAUAAGUAAGGAUUCUUUCACAUGCCACCACCUGUCGGGAAACGUAACCUCCGUUGUUAAGGUCAAGACCCGUGGUUUUCACUUCUAAUUGUCUAGCGUUUAGUGAAGGAGCAAUCACUACGCAUGGUUACGUCUUAGGCUGGACACGGUCAUGGUACGAGCGGGGCUCGAAAUCAUGACCUCCCGGUCACGAAUAAAACGCUCUUGAACUUAUAUAUGAGUUUAACCAAAAUUAAAUAUACCUAGUCUACUAAGACAGUUUGUCAUUGCCACUCCUCUGAAAUCGAUGAACAUAAUUGCAUGUAACUUUGUAUUUAACAUUAAAGCUUUAGAAAGGUCAAUAGUUUAUCUCUGCUGGCGGAAUGUCGUAGAAUUCAUUUCGGGAAGGGAGGUGGUACGGUUACAAAAUUUGACGUAGUUUUAUAUUUAAUCUCAUUUGUUUUUAUUUUUUUUCCUAUUUAAUAUUUUAGAUAUUACUUCACUGAUUGUGAAAAUGAAAUUUAAUGUGCAGAUUUUUGUUUGAUUGUGUUUGAGAAACGUUAUAUUUAAGGUAAAUUUGGCCAAUUACGGGGUCAAAUCAUUGUGUUUUCCUUAGAUUCUUAUUGAAUUUCUAUCUAAUGUUGAUUUUUGAACGUUGUAGUUUAACUUAUAUAACUACAAUAUAUGACAAAAUUUCUGGUGUUAAUAAAAAAUUUAUUUGC